GUUGAAUAUUAGAUUGAAACCGGCGUAGUUUUGUAACUGUGCGUUACGUAUUGUGUGUAUGAGGUCAAAGAAGCUUGAACCAGAUUGUCAGGUGAAACAAUGGAUUUACUUCGAAUUCAUUCGCUAAGAUUUUACAAAUACAUUCUUCUUCCUCAAUGGACAAGUGGUUAAUUUAUAACAUGGUGCCGAGUUAUGAGAGAGGACUGGCACCUGUCGGUCUUACAGAUAGUUCAACAUAGUAGCUUGAGAUUAUCAAACAUGGCUCCGAAUAAAAGCUGAUGGCGGUCCUGCUUUAACUUUAUAAAAGAAAUGGCUUCUCGGGUAGCUGCAAAAGUGACUCGCAAAACAAAGGCAGUGGCUGAUUCUAUAGUUCACCCACCAUUUCUAAAAAUAACUAUACCAGCACAACAAGCCCGACCAGCCCCACCUUUGGGACCACAGCUAGGUAAACGAAACGUAAACAUCGCUACUUUCUGCAAAGAUUUCAAUGAAAGAACGAAAGAUAUUAUAGAAGGAACUCCAAUGCCGUGUUUUAUAUCUGUCAAGGCCGACCGAUCAUACGACUUAGUCAUCAGUCAUCCAUCAUCUAUGCAUUUGCUAAGAAUGGCUGCAGCAGCUAAGAGAGGUGCUUCCUCUCCAGGUACUGAAGUAUGUGGACGUCUUUCUCUUAAACAUAUUUAUCACAUUGCUGAGCUCAAAAAACAAGAUCCACAUUUACUUGGAGCGGAUCUACAAAAUAUUUGUAAGAUGUUGAUUGGUACAGCACAUCGUUUGGGUAUUGAGAUUGUAACACAAGAUGAUAUCAAAUCUGGAAAAGUUGACUAUACACCUAGUGGAUAUGCGAAUUUCCUCCAAGAUCGUGAAGCAUAUCUCAAACAGAAAAAACUAGAAACAGAAACUGCCAAACAAAGCAAAAUGAUGAGAUUGUAAAUCAAUAUAUUGUAUACAGUAGAAGUGUAGCUUUCCCAAUAUUUAGCAGUAUUUUUGAUUGUUAUAAAUUUAGAAAGUUGGCUUAUUAAUGAAAGCAUCUGAUUUUCAACCAACGGGUCACCGACUCCAUAUCCACUUUUCCUAAUUUUUUGGUCAGUGGGAUUGCACUAUUUGCCCUCAUAUACACAAUGCGGUCCAAAGAUGUGUCUAAAACCGUACUUAACAAAUAAUUUACGAUCUUUAAAAUUAGUAGGUUCUUUUGGUACUGUAUCUUUCUACAACAGACUAUCACACUAAGGAUACUUCCUGUCAAUUAAUAUAUUGAUUUCGUUUGUG